UGGUUAUUGAUCACCAUUCAGUGACAAUAAAUAGCUAGCUUAUUAGGAGAUCGAUCAUUCGACCGAUUGAUGAGUCGCUCGGACGACAAGAAUGGCAUUUGACCAUGAAAACCAACUCCAGGCGUCUGUCACCAAGAAAGGAGGCUGGAUCACUCUUCCGUUUCUCGCAGGAAGCGUGGUAGGGUUGGGGAUGGCCAUGAGCGCGACGAGCAGCAACCUCAUCGUCUACCUCCUCCACAAGUACAACGUCAGCGCCAUCGACGCCGCCCAGAUCUCCAACGUCGUCCGCGGCUGCAUGCAGCUCGCCCCCGUCGCCGGCGCCGCCGUCUCCGACGCCUACUUCGGCUGCUACCCCGUCGCCGUCGCCGGCGUCGCCUUCUCCCUCCUCUCGUUUGUGCUGUUCACGUUGACGGCCACGCUGCCGCCGCUGCUCCCGCCGCCGUGCCAGCGUGCCUCUGGCGGCGUCGGCGCCACCGCGUCGUCGGCGUCGUGCGAAGCGCCGAACGCCGUGCAGUCCACCGUACUCUACGCGGCGCUGUGCCUCAUGGCCGUCGGCAACGGCGGGACGCGGUACAACAUGGCGGCGCUGGGCGCGGACCAGUUCGUCGGCGAGGGGGCGCCGCGGCGGCGGCAGGGCGCCUUCUUCAGCUGCUACUUCGCGCUCCUGUACGCCGCCUACGCGGCCGGCGACACGGUGCUGGUCUACGUGCAGGACGGCGUCAGCUGGGCCCUGGGCUUCGGCGUCUGCGUCGCCACCAGCGGCCUGGGCCUCGCCGCGCUGCUCCUCGGCUCCCGCCACUACCGCCGGUCCAUCCCGAAGGGGAGCCCUUUCACGGCCCUCGCCAGGGUCGCCGUCGCCGCCGCGAGGAAAUCAACGCUGGAUUUGGGUUCACGAGUCCAGUAUUACCAUGGAUGCAAUCGUGAGGCAGAGACGACGACGACUCACCAAGUUCCAAGCGAAAGAUUCAGGUUUUUGAACCGAGCUGCGAUGGUGGCGCCGGGCGAGACGAGGGAGGAGGAUGGGUCAGUGGCGAAGCCGCGGCUAUGCACGGUGCAGCAGGUGGAGGACCUCAAGUCACUCCUCCGCGUGCUGCCGCUCUGGUCGUCGGGGAUCCUCGUCGGCGUGACGGUGAACGCGCAGGUGAGCCUCACCGUCCUCCAGGCGCUCACCAUGGACCGCGCCGUCGGCCCGCGCUUCGCCUUCCCGGCAGCCUCCAUCACGGUCACCGUGCUCGCCGCCUUCGUCCUCUCCGCCGCGCUCUUCGACCGCCUAGCCGCGCCGCUCUGGCACGGCAAGCUCGUCGUCACCCCGCUCCGCCGCGUCGGGCUCGGCCACGCCCUCAACGUCGCCAGCAUGGCCGUCGCCGCGCUCGUCGAGCGGAGGCGGAUCCGCGCCGCCGCCGCCGUAACCGUCGUACCGAUGUCGGCGCUCUGGCUCGUCCCGCAGCUGGCGCUGACCGGCGCGGAGGAGGCGCUGCACCUGCCGGGGAACACGGCGCUGUUCUACGGGGAGUUCCCGGCGGCGCUGCGCAGCACGGCGACGGCGAUGCCGCCGCUGUUCAUCGCCGCGGGGGCGUACCUGAGCACGGCGCUGGUGGACGCGGUGAGGCGGGCGACGAGGUGGCUGCCCGACGACCUGAACCAGUCGAGGCUGGACAGCGUGUACUGGACGCUCGCCCUGCUCGCCGCCGUCAACUUCGGCUACUUCCUCGUGUGCGCCACCACGUACAAAUACAACAACAAUUACGGCGACGAUGGCGACGCGAAGGCACAGACACAGAGAGACGACGGCUCGUGACAGAUCUCGACAUGUAUUAGUAUCUUUAGUAAAUGUAUUGCGAGUAUAUACGUUAAUUUGUACAUAUAUGUACGUAUUGCGUGUGCCACAGUGACGCAUAUUUGGUACGAAAUGUUGACCAAAAUCUAUGGCAUUUGACAUUUGGAAAUUUGCUUUAUUGGUUACACUCACUACAACA